GACAACAACGCAGCCCAGUACAUGACAGGUUAUGUCCCUGGAUACUGAUUUCAAAACCAUUCAUUUUACCAUCAGGCGUCUUUUGAGUUCGUAGCAGAAAGACACAAAUUAGGAUUAAAUUCAGUAAAACGCUAGAAAUAUAGGCGUUGUCCUUGUUAUUAGCGUAAUAAGCAGGAAUAUAUCGAGGUGAUAUGCAACUUUAAAGAUGAUGUUUAUUAAAGAGGAGAAUGAUGACACAUCUGAUCCAGAACCCUGCAGAACAGAAAAUGAGCACCAAGAAGGCCUGAUGGAAGUGAAAGAGGAAAGUCAAACUCUGAAUGAAAUGGAGGAGAAACAGCAGCAUCACAAAGCUCAUGUUGUCCUCACUGGAGAAAAAUCCUCGAUUUGCUCCCAAACUGGAAAAACCAGUUUCUCACAAAGCCGCACUCCGACACAAGCCAAAAAACCCUUCAGCUGCUCUCUGUGUGGAAAGCAAUGUGCCCAUAGAGGCCACCUGAACGAUCACAUGUUAACUCACACCGGAGAGAAGCCGUUCGCUUGCCCUCAGUGCGGAAAGAGAUUCUCACGCAGAAGAAGCCUCAACGAUCACAUACUGAUUCACAACCAAGAGAAGCGCUUCGUCUGUCCUCAGUGCGGAAAGAGUUACAAACGCAACGAACACUUUCGGAGUCACUUACUAAGUCACGACGGAGGCAAACCCUUCACCUGCUCACAGUGUGGAAAGAGUUUCAGUUUUAAACGAACCCUUAACGAUCACAUCAAAAUUCACACUGGAGAGUGCCUUCACACGUGCCUUCAGUGCGGAAAGAGUUUCCUGAAUAAAGGACACCUUAAGGAGCACAUCAAAAUCCACACCGGAGAGCGACCUUUCGCCUGCCCUCAGUGUGGAAAGAGCUUCAUCAGUAAACAAAACGUUACAUCUCACAUGAAAAUUCACACAUUGGAGAAGCCUUUUAAAUGCCUUCAGUGUGGAAAGGGUUUUGCAUGGGCAAGCUGUCUGAAAAUCCAUAUGCGCCACUCUCACUCUGAAGAAAGGGAGUUUACCUGCGAGCACUGCAAUAAAACAUUUGUUUUAGAGUCUUACCUGAAGAGACACUUGAAAAUUCAUCAAAACGAGAAGCCUUUCGUCUGUUCGGUUUGCGGGAAAAGUUUUUUAUGGCCCCUGUGUUUCAAAGCGCACCAGAAAAUACAUGAGGGUGUGAAAACCCAUGUGUGCUCAGAGUGCGGCAGAGCCUUUGCUACAGCCGAUUAUUUGAUAAAACACCACAAAAUCCAUAUGGGAGAACGGCCGUACGUGUGCUUAUAUUGCGGAAAGAGUUUUACUAAGAAAGCAAACCUGGUAGAUCAUGUGAGGCUGCAUACUGGAGAGAAGCCGUACGCCUGCGCUCAGUGUGGAAACAGUUUCACCUCAAGAAAAGGUCUAAGCUAUCACAGAGAAAAGCAUUGUUCUCAAAGCGUGCCAAAGUCAUGUUCAGUUGAAGUCCAGAUAGCGUCGGAUAUGCCUGAAGAUUGCGUUUCUACCAAAAAAGCAAUUACAUCUACAACCUUUAGUGGUGAAUAAGCUCUCAUUCGAUGGAAAUGGCAGCAGGAAGUUUGUGCAUCUAGUACUUCAUUGUAAAAGAAAAUUUAAGGGAAGGAAAUAAAACAGAAAAACAAGGGAGUGAGAGUGGAGUCUGGAAAACUACAUAUUUUAUACUACAUAAAUGUAAAUAUGGACCUUAUGUAGCUCCGCCUCUUUUCAGCGCUGCACUCAUUGUCUUCGGUCUUCCAUUUUUAUUUCCACUGUGUGAAGGUCAGGUUGUAUGAAUUUCUGAACGAACUGUUCAUUUUAAAAUCUUCCCGGUCUACUGACAUCUUUUUUUUUACAUCUGCUUCAAAUAUUACAAUGCACAUGAUAACUUUCGUUAAAUCUACAAGUAAAGCCACUACACCAAGCUAAUUACUCUUCAAAGGUGAUGCUAUCCACCUUAUUUUUCAACAUGGAAUUAAGACUUUUUCUGUGAAUGUGCGAGACUUCCGGUUCAUUAGCCGCUGUAGGAAAAUAACGAGAAGAAAACAACUGUAAAACUGUGUGCACUACAAACCGGUGUGUUCAUAACUAAGAUAAUACAUUAAAAUAAUAUGGUAAGACACACCAGUUUGCAAUAUCGAGCAGCAAAACGAGCUGUUUUGUACAGCUAAAAGAUAGCUGGACACGAAGGACAUCGGAACCCAGACACAUUACGUUUACAAUAAAUUAAAUGUUUACCUAUCAGAUUGUGUUUUAUUAACGUCUACACCAACCCUAAA